GCCCGGACUCCCGCCCAGCAGCAGAGCCGGUGAGGAGGGACCGCGGGGCGGUGGGCUGGGUGAGCGGGACUGCGGCCGGGUCCAGGCACUGACGCCACGGUGGUAGAAGCGGAGGAGGAGCGGAUUCAGCGGGAGAGCUCAGCGUGCUGUGCCCACAGUUUACUGUGUCUCACGAGUCCUGAUGCCGCUCAGCCUGCCGGGCCAACAGAGUGUUGUGACUGGAUGUUGCCCUGUCUGCAGUGCCCACAGAUCGCUGUGUGUAGGAAUUCUGGAUGUUGCUCAGCCUGCAGUGCCUACAGAGUACGGUGCCUAGGGUGUCUGGAUGGCUCAGCAUCCUGCACCAACCGAGUGCCGUGUCUAGGGAGGCUGGAUGUUGGUGGACAUAAGGGAUCCCAUGGCACAGUUUGCAAGAAGAGCAGCUGAAUUAUCAUCUGGUUUUCGCAGGGUACCAUCUCUGACAACAUGCCAGCAUGGAACUUGUCUGUUCACAUUUUGCACAGAGUGCUGCUGUGCCAGUGAAGUGCCAGGUCUCGUGUUCUUGCAGGUGGGUGUCGUGGGACUGUGAACCAAACCUUUUCCAUGAGGAGCGGACGAAGAUGCAGCUGCUGCCAGCCAUGCUGCUUCUGUUGCUAAUGUUCACCAGACGGAGCCGACAGCUGUUCUCCACACUGCGCAUGGCCUCAAUCCUGGAUGACCACACCACGUGUGGCCGAGGGGAACGCCUGGCCCUGGCUCUGGCCCGUGAGCAGAUCAACAGCAUCAUCGAGGUGCCCGCGCGGGCUCGCGUCGAGGUCGACAUCUUCGAGCUACAGCAAGACAGCCAGUACGAGACGACGGACAUGAAUCGUGAAUGCGUGGAAUGGCAACAAGCAGAGAGUGCUGCCCGUCCAGGCCAGGCUAAGUGUCAGGACUUGGGAUUCCUUCCACUAGAGGAGAGAAGGCACACUCAGAUUCCACAUAUUAAGGUGGGCCCAGAAGAGACGCCCAAGCUGCAGUACCUGAGGUUUGCCUCCAUCAGCCUCUACCCAAGCAACGAGGACAUCAGCCUGGCUGUCGGCAGCAUCCUGAAGUUCUCCAGCUGCCCCUCUACCAGUCUCGUCUGUGCCAAGGCUGAAUGCCUGCUGCGGUUGGAGGAGCUCGUUCGCCAGUUCCUCAUCUCCAAGGAUUCACUGUCGAUCCGAAUGCUGGACCACUCCAACGACCCCACGCCUCUCUUGAAGGAAAUCCGCGAUGACAAAAUCUCCACCAUCAUCAUUGAUGCCAACGCCUCCAUGUCAUACCUCAUCCUGAAGAAGGCAGCAGAAUUGAGAAUGACCUCAGCCUAUUACAAGUACAUCCUCACAACAAUGGACUUCCCGGUGUUACAACUGGGUGAGAUCGUGGACGAUCACGCCAACAUCAUCGGGUUCUCCAUGUUCAACCCCCGGCACCCCUUCUUCCUGGAGUUUAUCCGCAGCCUUAACAUGUCCUGGCGGGAAAACUGCGACUCAUCCCAAUUCCCGGGAGCUGCGCUCCCGUCAGCCCUGAUGUUUGACGCCGUGCACGUGGUGGUGAACGCCGUUCGGGAAUUGAACCGCAGCCAGGAGAUUGGCCUGCGGCCCCUCUCCUGCACCAGCUCCCAGAUCUGGCAGCACGGCACCAGCCUGAUGAACUACCUGCGCACAGUGGAGUACGACGGUCUAACUGGUCGGGUGGAGUUUAACAGUAAGGGCCAGCGGAUGAACUACACGUUGAGGAUCCUCGAACAGGGGAAGAACGGUCACAAACAGAUUGGCAGUUGGCACUCGAGCCGGGGACUUACCAUGGAUGCCACCUUCCUAGACAUCAACAUGUCUGAGACCCUCAUCAACAAAACACUGAUCGUCACCACCAUCCUGGAGAAUCCAUAUGUGAUGCGGAAGCAGAAUUUCCAGGAGCUGCAGGAGGAAGAGCGUUACGAGGGGUUCUGCGUGGACAUGCUGAAGGAGCUGGGAGACAUCCUCAAGUUCAACUUCCGCAUCAAGUUGGUGGAGGACGGUCUGUAUGGGGCACCAGAACCCAACGGCUCCUGGACAGGCAUGGUGGGAGAGCUGAUCCAGCGGAAAGCUGAUCUUGCUGUCGCUGCCUUCACCAUCACAGCCGAGAGGGAGAAGGUGAUCGAUUUCUCUAAACCCUUCAUGACGCUGGGGAUCAGCAUCCUGUACAGAAUGCACAUGGGUCGAAAACCGGGCUACUUCUCGUUCCUGGACCCCUUCUCCCCAGCCGUCUGGCUCUUCAUGCUGCUGGCCUACCUCGCUGUCAGCUGUGUGCUCUUCUUGGCUGCCAGGAUGAGCCCGUACGAGUGGUACAACCCUCACCCGUGCCUACGGGAGCGGAUGGACUUCCUGGAGAACCAGUACACUCUGGGCAACAGCCUCUGGUUUCCAGUGGGAGGCUUCAUGCAGCAGGGUUCAGAGAUCAUGCCCCGCGCCCUCUCUACCCGCUGUGUCAGCGGAGUCUGGUGGGCCUUCACCCUGAUUAUCAUCUCCUCAUACACUGCCAACCUGGCUGCAUUCCUGACCGUGCAGAGGAUGGAGGUCCCGAUUGAGUCCGCUGACGACCUCGCUGACCAGACCAACAUUGAAUAUGGGACCAUUCAGGGAGGCUCCACCAUGACAUUUUUCCAGAACUCUCGGUACCAGACGUACCAGCGGAUGUGGAACUACAUGCACUCGAAGCAGCCCAGCGUCUUUGUGAAGACCACUGAGGAGGGCAUCGCACGUGUCCUCAACUCCAAGUAUGCCUUCCUCCUCGAGUCCACCAUGAAUGAGUACCACCGGAAACGCAACUGUAACCUGACCCAGAUUGGGGGACUGCUCGACACCAAGGGCUAUGGCAUCGGCAUGCCACUGGGGUCGCCGUUCAGGGAUGAGAUCACCCUGGCCAUUCUCCAGCUGCAGGAGAAUAACCGGCUGGAGAUUCUGAAGAGGAAGUGGUGGGAGGGGGGCAAGUGUCCCAAGGAGGAGGACCACCGGGCCAAAGGUCUGGGAAUGGAGAACAUCGGUGGCAUCUUCGUGGUGCUGAUCUGCGGUUUGAUCAUUGCCGUCUUUGUGGCCGUCAUGGAGUUCGUGUGGACCACCCGCCGCUCUGCAGAGUCUGAGGAGGUGUCAGUGUGCCAGGAGAUGCUUAGUGAACUGCGACAGGCUGUGUCCUGUAAGAAGACGUCGCGGUCACGGCGGAGGCGCCGUCCGGCCCGGGUGGGGACCUCUGUGUCCCGGCAGAUACGGCUGGGCCGUGACCUGCGCCUCAGCAACGGCCGCCUCUACCCGGGGGGAGGAGGCCCUGAGGGGCGGCCGGGGGCAGGGGGCCAGCGGCUACUAGAAGAGGCCGUCCCCUUGCGGGGCUGCGCCCAUGUUCGUGUCUGCCAGGAGUGCCGGCGCAUCCAGGGGGCCCGUGGUGCCCGGCCCCCCCGCCUCCCUCCUCCUGUCCAGGAGCCAGCCCCUGCCCGGACUGGGGUCCCUGCUGAGCGCCAAGCCCAGGACUGAAGGACAGAAGGAACAGAGGGUGAGAUGAUGUCUGUCAGGGCCCCUACUACUGCUGACAGCCCCAGGAUCGUCCUCACCGCAGCUGGGGGUGGCCUGAUACAAUCCCACCAUUAACUUGAUCCUUGACUUAACCCUGAUCCUUGACCUUACUCUGACUCUUGACUCAUUGCUGACCCAACUCCCACUGUUGUCACGACACUUGACUCAACUUAAUCCAAUUGUCUUUCGACCCUUGACCUAACCAAGACCAUAGACCCAACUUUGACCAUUGACCCAAUUCACCCUUGACCUCCCUCCAACACUUGACCUUUCUCAGACUCCUGACCUGAUCCUUUGACCUUGCCUUGGUGCUUGACCUUGAAUUAACCUCAUCCCUCUAUCUUACCCCCAUGUCCUCGACAUCAUCUCUGACUUUUACUUAUCACCAAACCUUGACCUUCACCCAACCUUGACCUUCACCCAUCCUUUGACCCUGCCUUUUACUUUCACCCUAAACCUCCAAGCCUCCACAAAAUAACUGACCCUGAACCAUGACUCCACACCCCCCACCCAGCAGAAUCUUGGCCUCAGCCUGACACUGGACUGAUCCCUGACCUUUCAUCCCAACCCCUGAACCCUCAGCUUCAAUCCUUGGACGUUACCCUGCAUAUACCUCACAUCUACCAACAAAUUAACCUGAUGAUGACCUUGUGAGCCCAGAUGUCAAACCUCUGACUUUCAACCCUGGCCAAUCUACCAGCUUCAACUCAUCUCAACCAUUACCUCACCCAAAUCCCCUUCCCUCCAUCAACCAACAACUCCUCAAUGCCCUGUCGUCAACCCCCUCCACGGUGGCCGUGGGAAGAUGGAAGCCCCUCACCCACAUCUCUCCAAGCAGCCGGACAAGAGCAAGAAAGGCGAGUGGGAAGAGGAGGAUGACGGCUUGGACGAGGGAAGGAGGCAUCUGCAGCGAUGGGGUCAGCCCUUCUACAGCCCCUCUUCUUUGGGGUGAUGGGGACUCACUACCCCACAAGCGUGACCAACUGCGUGUGUGAGGACUUGCUCACCCAGCGGUGGACUGUUGCCCGAGCUAUGGCUGGGCCGAGUCUGGAGAUAACUUGGCACAGCCAAGCGUUCUUUUUGACCUUUUUUUGCUACUUUCUAUGUAUAGUUACCAAAAAAAAACAGAAUAGCAACUGAAAAGUGGCGAGGAGCCGUGUGCUAAUUGGAAUACAAUAAAGGACUCUCCUAUGCAUUGCUCCUGUC